UGUCGAUGCCUGUCAUCACAAAAGUUUGAGAGAAUGCCUACUGGUGAUUUAACAAACAACCUAAGGAAGUUGCAGAAGGAAGUCAAGCUGAUCAAGUACAAUGAGGACAUUGACCUUGCCAAUAUGUCUCUUGGAAAACCAACAGCCUUCUUACCAAUCUAUCACUAUGCCUUUACAAGUUACAGUCAUGCACUGGCACAGCUUAUCUCAGCAUCAGAUGCAGAGCUCUACGGCAAGACAGAUUUCCGGUUUAUUGAAGCUGUGUACAAGAUCCUACGGGAUUUGUUUAGCUACAAACCCCUCAUAACAAAAGAACAAUUCUUCAAUGCUGGUUUUGCUGAGAGGAAGAUUAUUAUGUGUUCUGAGGUGCUUCACAUGGUUCGUGAGAAAAGCCGUAUCUUGAACCCAGCCAAAAAGUCAGCUACAGGGGGCGCUGCUGUCAGUGGACUUGUUCAACUUGGUUCUACAAAGGGAAAUCGACCAAAGUCAACAGAGCCAGUGUCCAAUGAAGUACCAAAGGUCAGUUCAGGGUUGACAAAGAGGCCAAAGACGACAACAAAUAGGCAUCUUAGAGUUACUUCCCCUUCUGAAGAAACAGAUUCACCACAAGCACAGGUUGUGAACGAGCUUUUACAACCUCACAAGCCUCAAAGUCAUCCUGUACGUCACAUGACUAGUCACAUGACUAGUCACAUGACAGAUUAUAUGCAGCACCCACCACUUUAUACAGAGGUAGCUUCACCACCACAUAUUACCAAAGAGAGGCUGCCAACAAGGGCACCACUUCAACAGUCAUCAGAAGUACACUUCUUGCCAAUAACUUCAAGUGUGACCAGAAGCAGAUCUGUCCCUGUAAAAACAGUUUCCCAAGAUACUCAGCUGGAGGAAGAGGAGGAUGAAGAAGAAAGUGAGGAGGAUGAAAUAGAGACUGUUAAUGCUGUAACUCGUGGUGAAUCUUUUCUAGAACCACGCGUGGUAGAUAGCCCUGAAAGUCAGCCACAAGUACAUGAUGAAUCUCAACAGUAUAGCAGGACAAUACAGGCUGUUGUGGACCGGAUGAACAGUUUAGAUACAGUGGUAAAGAACAUUACAGGACUUGUUGAGUCACAGGGUGCUGUCAACUCCAAUGAGAAGGUGAAUGCUACACUGACCAUGAUCCAACAGCAGCUGGAGACUCUCAUGGCCCGGAUGGUACUUGUAGAGAAUAGAGUAGCCCUGGUAGAGGCUAGACUUAGUGGGAACAGGACUGUACUUAGUGAGCCAACAAGUCAAGGAUUCAGGGACACUCCACAUGGAAAUAACGAGGCACCACAUGGAGCUGCACAGACUUCUGGUAAUGUGCAUCAGUCCCAAGGCACCACGUAUACCCGGCAUGGAGCUGAAUCUCACCAGGAACCAAAUGUAAAAAGUUUUACAAAUAUUUAUCAGAGUAAAACACAUUCCCAUGGUGGAACAGAUAUUAUUCACACAGUACAAAGCAAAGAUGCUGGAGACAAAGUGGACACAAACAAUGUACAACCUUUCUUUUCUUCUGUCACACCACUGGAAGCUCAACCUGCAGACCAGCAGAUGCAGCUUUUGACAGCAAAUCACUCUAACGGAAGCAGUGUAUUUAGUGACCUUUUAUGCCAACCUCAACCAAACCUGACACCUAGUGACAUCAACGACUCAGCAGCUGUGGGCCUCUCACCGAUUAGAAAGCCUACAGAUUUAUCUGUUAACCAUAGUGCGACACUCCCACCUUUUGAUCUGACCAAUGAUGACACAUUUGCAGCAGUGUCACAAGAUGAGAAGCGACUUUCAAGCACACCCACUAAACAUCCUUUAAUGCUUGAGAGCCUAGAAGACUCCCUAUCAUUUCAUUUUGGAGACACAACAUCACAGGAGAGACUGCUGAGGAUCAAAACCAUGAUUAAGGAAACGGAGCACAUGCUGACAAAGCCUUCCUCGACCCUGACAGGGGGGAAGUCCUGACUCCCUUGUAUCACGGCAGUCUAACUACACAGAGGUGCCAUUCCAGUUAUAAACUAUGCAUUUCUUAAUUGUCCAUCCAGAUUUGUGGAACUUUAAAAAUAUCUAUGAUUAUGUACCAUAGAUUCAGACUACAUCAGAUAUCUAAUGUGGAGUUAGAUGGUCACACUGCUAUUUUACAGUACAAAAUAUGUGUGUAAAAAAGAC